AUGCCUUUUGAUACCAAAGUCGCUGGAGUGACCAUCCUCGCAAAGGUCACCCCCGAGCAGGCCACCGAGGUCCUCACUCCCGAGGCCCUCCAGCUCGUCGCCAUCUUGCACCGCACCUACGAGGCAACCCGCCAGCAGCUCCUCCAGCGUCGCGUCGCCCGCCAGAUCGAGCUCGACCAGGGCCAUCUCCCCGACUUCUUGCCCGAGACCCGCCAUAUCCGUGAGGAUGCCACCUGGAGGGCUGCCAAGCCUGCUCCUGGUCUCGCUGAUCGCCGUGUCGAGAUCACUGGACCUGUUGACCGCAAGAUGGUCAUUAAUGCGUUGAACUCUGGAGCUGCUACCUUCAUGGCCGACUUUGAGGAUUCCACCGCCCCUACCUUCUCCAACCUUGUCGACGGCCAGCGCAACCUCAAGGAUGCCAUCCACCAGCGCAUCUCCUUCACCGCCCCCAACGGCAAGCAGUACAACAUCCGCAAGGAUGGCAAGGUCGCCACUCUUCUUGUCAGACCCCGUGGAUGGCACUUGGAUGAGAAGCACGUUCUCGUCGAUGGACAGGUCGUAUCGGGAUCGAUCUUUGAUUUCGCACUCUACUUCUUCCACAACGCCCGCAAGUCGAUCGACAUCGGCAUCGGCCCAUACUUCUAUGUCCCCAAGAUGGAGUCCCACCUCGAGGCCCGUCUCUGGAACGACGUCUUCAACACCGCCCAGGACUACAUCGGCCUCCCCCGCGGCACCAUCCGCGCCACCGCCCUGAUCGAGACCAUCCUCGGCGCCUUUGAGAUGGACGAGAUCAUCUACGAAUUGCGCGAUCACUCCUCGGGAUUGAACUGUGGUCGUUGGGAUUACAUCUUCUCGUUCAUCAAGAAGCUCCGUCAGAGACCUGAGUACGUCCUCCCCGACCGGUCUGAUAUCUCGAUGACCACCCCCUUCAUGGACGCCUACGUCCGCCUCUUGAUCAAGACCUGCCACAAGCGCGGUGUCCACGCCAUGGGUGGAAUGGCCGCCCAGAUUCCCAUCAAGAACAACGAGGCCGCCAACAAGGCCGCCAUGGACAAGGUCCGCACCGACAAGUUGCGUGAAGUCAAGGCCGGUCACGACGGUACUUGGGUCGCUCACCCUGACCUCGUCAAGCUCGCCCUCGUCGUCUUCAACGAGCACAUGCCCCAGCCUAACCAGCUCCACAUCCGCCGCGACGACGUCCACGUCGAGGCCGCAGACCUCCUCAACACCAAUGUCAAGGGCGCCAUCACCGACGCCGGAAUCCGUGCCAACGUCUCGGUUUCCCUCAUCUACAUGGAGGCUUGGUUGCGCGGUCUCGGAUGUGUCCCCAUCCACAACCUCAUGGAGGACGCCGCUACCGCCGAGAUCUCUCGCUCCCAGUUGUGGCAGUGGGCCAAGCACCAGGCUCGUACCAACGAGGGUGUCCCUGUCACGGCCAAGUACCUCUUGAGGGUUCUUGAUGAGGAGAUUGAGAAGCUUGCUCAGUCCAUGGGAGAGCAGCGCUUCAAGGCUUCCAAGAUGACCGAGGCCAAGAAGCACCUUGCUACCCAGAUCACUGGAGAGGCUUACAGUGAUUUCUUGACCUCUUUGCUUUACAAUGAUAUUAUUGAGAUUGACCAAAUCAAGGCUCGCAUCUAA